GCGGUUUUCAAUAUGGCGCCCAAAUCUGACGUUUAAUUUCAAGGUAUGUUUUGCAAUUGUUUUUCAUCGUUUUAAAGAACAUAAUGGCAAUUUUCGUCGGGUUUUCGCGACGGUACUGAAAGGGUUGCUUAUGUAUAGUAUGCUAAAGCCUGAAAGGGAUUGAUUAUAUAUUUGUAUAAAACAAGUAGAAUGUUUGAAUGAACUUGUAUGUCGGGCUGUGAGCAGGCUGUCAGGUGGUAACUUGUACGUGCAAUUGUGGAUCUAUGCUAGUCUAUAGACUUGCAAAACUAGUACAUUUUGGUCACGCAACACGGAUGUUUUAAUAAUUUUGUACUUUUCUUGAUUUGUUUGCAAUGAAAACAUUGCUUUGGCAACAUAUUUGAUACUUCUUUUAAUAUAAUUUAUAUAUAGACACUUGUAGUGUUCCACUACCCCCCCCCCCCUGACAGUUAAUAGACAGUUAAAUAGAAAAGUAGGGCAUAUUGGCACUUAACCAUUGAGUGACAGUAGUCUCCCCCUUGACAAGUAAAAUUGUCUGGCGUUAGACAGAGUAGAAUAAUAUGAUGUUAGACAGAAUAAAAUAAUAAAAUACGGCACAUCUGGGCUAAUGGGGUCCAUGGGCAGAUAGACUGAUUAACCCAUUGAGUGGCAGCACUCUCUCCUUGAUGAGUAAAAUCGCCUGGCAUUAGACAGAGUAAAAUAAUAAAGUAGGGCGCAUUGCCACUUAAAGGGUUAAAUUAACUUUAAUUAACACAACAUUUUCUUGGCUUCAACUGUGAUAGGCAACAAAAUGCUACAUAAAAGGAGACUCAAAAGCUACAAACUUAUAAAGCAUUAACAUUUAUGCAUGUUGGAGGUUUCACACAAGGUUUUAAAAAUUGGCUGUAGUUUGAUACACUUAUUUCAAAUAUCAAUCUUUCAAUAUUAAAAAAAAAUGUUCACAAUAUUACACAAAAACAUCAAAAUUACAUAAAAAAAACCAUAAAAAUUUUCCAAGAUUUUUAUUCCAUUAGUAAGAUUUACGCCACUGGCAUAAAAUGUAAACUGUGGUGAAGCAAAGCAACUGUAAAGAGGUGUGAAAUGAUCAGUAAAGAUUCUGUGUUGUCAAGCUUGGGCUUAACUCCCGCAUGACAACAUGGAUUCCAUCCUGGCAGCUAUGUUGACAAAUAUAGUGUCUGCAUACAUAUGGUAUUAUUUUCUUGCUCUGCUCAGAAGUGUCAAAUACUUCAAUCUAUUGCAGAAAUCAAUUUAACCUGAUCGCAGGUAUAUAAUACAAGUUAAAAAAUAUGAGCAUUCUUCUAUUAUUUUUAGAUCUGUUUCAUAAUCUAUCUACCACAAGAACAUUAACCGUGGUGCAACAAUGUCGUACACUGGAGGGGGUUAUGCCCCCUACACUCAGUAUGGGCAAACUAACAACCAAUUUUCAACAACCUAUACACCUGUGAACCAGUCACAGAGUCAAUAUGGUGUACCAGCAUAUAAUCCAUAUACUGCACCUUACCAAUACCCCUAUAAUGCACCUUAUGGACAAGGGAACAACCCUUAUGGAGAAUCUAAUACCCUAAGUGGAAUCUCAUACCCACAAAUUGGUUCAUAUGGGCAAGGGCCCAUCACUGCACAAGGAGGACAGUACUCAAAUGUUGCUCCACCUAAUAAUUCAAAUGGUUCCACUCCAAAUAAUCAAGCACCCCCGCCCUCGCAUAAUCAGGCAUCCACACCUUCAUAUAGUCAGGCAGCCCCACCUUCAUAUACACAGGCACCACCAUCUUCAUAUAAUCAGGCCCCGCCACCCAACUAUGCAGAGAAUACAUCUACCUAUCAGCAAGCAUCUUCCCAUCAUGAAAGGCCAACCCACCCUCAACGGCCAACCCACCCUCAACGGCCAACCCACCCUCAACGGCCAACCCACUCUCAAGGGCAAACCUACCCUCAAGGGCAAACCUACCCUCAAGGGCAAACCUACUCACAGGGUGCAACCUAUCCCCAACAAGGGAUUACCUAUCCCCAGCAAAACUCCUCCUAUGGACAGCAAGGCCCAUCAUACACACCCAAUGAACCCACUUACACGCCACAGGAUGAACCAUAUCCCAAAAAUACAAACUCCUAUCCAACAACAUAUGGGCCUCCUAUUGGCCCCCAGAAACCCCCAAAACGACCACAUAUGCCCCCCAGGCUUCAGACAAGUUUCAAACAAGCUAAAAAGACUGCAGCCAAACCGCCACAACCAAUAACUUCCAUGAAACCACUUCAAGGUGGGAAAUCGGCUGUCAGUACGGUCCAGGACCUUGCUUAUCAAAAUGGAUGGACAGUGAAUUGGUUUGAAGAAUCCGAAACAGGCCCAGCUCAUGCAAAGGUUUUCUCAAUGAAAGUUACCAUGGGACCUUACGAAGUCAGCGGCAGUGGUCGAUCGAAAAAACUUGCAAAACAGGACGCAGCCCAAUUACUUGCAGCCCAAGUCUCUGGUAAUGAAGUAGCUGACAUUAUGGGACUGCCUGGUUUUACUGGAAGUGCUGGCCAAACCAGUCAGGCUGGAAACACAUCGGAAGACUAUGGACCUCAGUUACCCCAAGCUGCUGGUCAGAAGACCAUUUCAGUGGGGCCAUCCGGAGGGGAUAACCCUAUUUCUACGCUAGAUCAUGUUGUAAAGAAGCACAAGCUGGGGGAACCACAGUAUAUUACUGUAUGUGAGAAUGGACCAUCAGCUCUACAGAGGUUUGAUAUGAAGGUAAAAGUCAACAAUAUGGAGGCUUCGGGACUUGGUCGUUCAAAGAAAGUUGCGAAGCGUAAUGCGGCACAGGCCAUGUUGGAUCAACUCUCGAGAACACAAACUGGUAUUCAACCACCAAAGAAAAGAAUUAUGUUUGUGAAAGCGUCAAGUGAGACUGCCACGAAUACUGGUACUGCUACUGAGAGUUAGACAUUAGAUUAUAUACUUUUUCCGAACGAUGGCGUAGAGACCAUGUGCUGUUAAGUUGUUCAGGCUGUUAUUUUCCCGAAUGGCUUCUAGGCUAUGUUGUACAAUAUACACAUCAUCUACCUUGACACCACCCGUUGCCAUCUUCUUGAAAAAGGUCAAUAUCAGAGUGUUCUUUAUAAUACAGUAAUAAGAUAAUAUAAGAAUAUAAACUAUUUACUAUUUGCGUUAUACUACAUUUCUGUGUGAUAUGUUGAAUAAUAUAAUUCCUUAUAUACCCUUUCUCUGUCUGCGGACUAUACAGUACACCUGACAAGUUAAUUGUAUUGAGGUUUAGAUUUCGUUGUUUUGUAUUUUAGAUUUCACUACCGUUACCUUUUACUGACGCAUGUGAUUGGUUAAUCUGGUAGAUUAAACACAUCUGAUUGGUUAAUGGUCGCUUAAUGGUAGCGCAAGUCAAAUCUAAACCUCGCUAGUAUGACCUUGAUGUACAUACGUAAAAACGCACAACUUGUGGCAAACAUGCAUGCAGCAGUCGACUUGUGGCAAUGCUGUUCCAACAACUUGUCAACAGGAUGUGUUCGCACUGCUUGUUCCCCAGCUUGUUGACAAGCCGUUGACAACUUGAUGCAAGGUUGUUGAGCUCAACAGACUUGUUACAAGUUGUUCCAAGACCUUGUUAUCGUCCUGUAAUUCAACAAUUUGUCAACAAGAUAAUGUUGUGACAACUUUUUGACAAGCUUGCUACAAGCCUGUUGCGAAUACAUCUUGUUGCCAAGUUGUGAAAUUUUUAAGUGUGUAGAGUUUAGAAUAAAAUCCUUUGGCGUUAGACGAAGUCAGUUAUCCUUGGGCAUUUUGAGAGAGAAAGAGCUCUGUUAUCAUGUUUUGAGUGAAAUUUUAGAAUUAAUCGGAAAAUCAGUAUUCUUGCUAAAUCUCCAUGCAGCGGCACAGCCAAAUAUAUAAUUCUGGUUAUUUGGUAUCUAACAAAAUUAAAUAUGCGGAUGAUUUCACGAAAUGCUUCUAUUUGGAGUGAGUUUUGUCCUGUCGCUGGAAAUGGAUUUUGUGACUAGUUUUUAGCGGCAACUGGACUUUGUAGCUCAGGGCAUGGCCAGGUAUUAAAACCUUCAAACGUUCAAUCAGACAAAUUCUUUCAAUACCCAAAAUAAAUUUUAAUACCCAAAAUAAUUUUCAUGCAUUACGUUUCAUGUAAAAUAUCUUUUCUAAACUAGAGUAGCAAACUGCUCCUUGUUUUCUGUUAAAGCUCUCGGUUCAUGAAGGAAUACUGCGAAUUCCACGCCCUUAAAAAGAAAACACAAGAUUUUAGCUGACCAUGCAUUUGUUCAGCUGUGAUCUACUGAUCUCACUUGACGACAGAGCUACAAAGAUCCAUGGCCAUGAAAGGCUAGCUUAUGCCUUAAUGUCUUUCAUACUAAAAAUAUUAUAUAGAUUAUAGCGGUUACUAAUUUUCAAAGAAAAAUAAAAUUAUAUUGGGUACCUGUUCCCUUGCUGCUCUUACAAAUGAUCCAUUUGAAGUUAUCGUGACUGCUUGUAACUUAUCUCCUGUUCCAAAUACAAUCUGAA